UUAGACAUUAUUUUUUACGGUUAUUAUAAUCGGUGUAUAGACGGGCCGUUAUAAAAGUUUAAAAGCUAAAAACAAAAAAAGAAAGAUGAGUUGGACACCAACUGUGCCAAGAGGGCCCAUAGCGGCCAUGUACAACAGCCCUGGUCCUCAAUAUGGUCUACCAGGUUUGGUGGGCAUUGAAAAACAUGAUCCUAGAAGUGUUCAUAAUAAAUAUCCAGCUCAUUCUUUUGGUAUAAAGCAUGGUAAAGUCCGUGAUGACUGUGGACCUGGUCCUGCAUACAUGUUAUCCAACCAGAUUUAUAGAGACGGAAUUGUUGGUACACCAAAAUAUUCCCUGUAUGGUAGACCAAAAGAUCAGACACAGUUCUUUACUCCUGGUCCGGGUGCCUACAAACCAGAAGGUGCUGGAGAUGGAUCCAAACCUGUAGCUCCUAAAUAUUCUUUUGGAUCCAGACAUAAAACAAGAAAAAAUGACAACAGUCCAGGACCCAAUUCUUACAAUCUUCCAUCAAUGUUAGGCCCAACCAAACAAGGGGGUAAAGUCCAAUUACCAAUCUACUCUUUAACUGGUAGAAGUAAAAUUGGUAGUUUCCAUGAAGAUUUACAAAAAACACCUGGACCAAGUCACUAUGGUUCAGUAGAUCCUGGUGUGUAUAAAGUAAGAUCACCAGGUUACAGUAUGACCAGUAGAAAUAACAUGCCUGGUGAUUCCACACAGAAACCAGGACCUGGUGUCUACAGUCCAGAAAAUGUUUGGAGUCAUAGAAAAAGAGAACCAAGUUUUUCAUUUGGUAUACGUCAUAGUCCCUACACUGCUCCACUUAUUGUUGAUGUUAAGGAUUAAGGAUUAAGGAUAAGUUUCGGAUUUUGAAUUUUUCAUUGAUAUAUGGAUUUAUUAUAACUUAGCCAGAUAUUUAUGAAACUUUUGAUUUUGAAAAUUGAUGCACAUUUGUAUAUUUUUUAAUUGUUUUUUUUUUUUGGAUAAAUAAAAUUUCUGUUGAAUAUUAAUGAUAUAGUACUGUUUAUAUGUUAAAAGUGGUGUUGGUAUAUAAUAUUCAUCCAGGUUAAUGCUGUUUCAUACUAGUUUCUUUUAUGUAUAUUUAAAUCUAAAAUUAACCCUAUUCAUGCCAAAUCCUUGAAGACCAGUAUUUUUAUAACUGUGAUACAUUAAAUACUAGUAUUAUUAUUAACCCUUAACUGAUGAAGUUGAUUUUGUUGAAUAUGUCAUCUUUUGAUAGUUCAUAAGAUAUUUUUUUUUAACAGUUAAUGAACAAUUUUUAAGGUUUAAUUGAAUUUAUACUAAUUUUGUUUCUGAGAUUUUUUUUCAAUUUUCUACAAUCUAGCAAAUUUUUAGAAAAAUUAUUUUUGUAUUUAUUUGAGAUUUAAGUUACAAUUUUCUACAAGCUAGCAAAUUUUUAGAAAAAUUAUUUUUGUAUUUAUUUGAGAUAUAAGUGUCAAUUUUCUACAAUCUAGCAAAUUUGUAGAAAAUU